AUGUACUACACGUAUCUGCAGGUGGCGGGUCAGCCCGGCAGUGACAUGAAGCACUUCACUCGCGUGCUGCACCGGUCAACAGACGACGCUCUGAUGGAUGUGAUGCCCACGGUCAGAGUGAAGCCUCUAGACCCCUCGUGUGACACGUGGUGCGAGUAUCCUGUGGCAAGCCGUCCCUUUGCCAUCCAGCAGUGGCUGGAGUCGGGAGAUGUGAAGGGCGACUGGAUCUUCAUGAUUGAAACCGACUAUAUCUUUGUCAAGCCCGUCACCAUCCCCCCUGCAGGCAGGGCGCUGGGGUUCCCCUUCGACUACAUUGCACCGCAAGACCCUGAGCUCCGUCCCUUCAUGCGCAGGUAUUACCCAGAGCCUUACCGGAUUGAGGACGUCCCACGGACCGGAAACGCCCCCACCAUCAUGCGAUAUGAUGAGAUGAUGCGAGUAGUGCCCAUAUGGGUGAAUGUCACAGCACGCAUCGAAGGCAACGCGGAAAGCAAGGAGCGGUUCGGGUGGGUGCGGGAGAUGUAUGCCUUCUCCAUCUCCGUUGCUCUUGCGGGUGUGAAGAUUGACCUGCCGCCCAUGCCCCACGCCAUCAUGAGCCAGCCUCCAGCCGACAAGGUGGUGGGCGACGCUGCUCUGCUGCACUACACGUGGGGCAGUCAGAUCAAGGACUGGAGUGGCAACGUAAUAUGGGAAUUUGACAAGCGCAAGUUCACAGACAGAGGGCUGCCCGACCCAGUACCUGAACCGCCAGAGGGAAAGGCUUCAGAAUCACAGAAGGUGUUGGUAGCAAAGGUGAACGAAGCUAUUAACCACCUCCCCAAGUACACGCUAAGAGAGUUGCGGGAGAUGGGGCGCAGCGAUGCAGAGAUUGACGCCUAUGAGAGGGAGUGGCGGGCGAAGGGGUAUGCGGAGGGAGGAGGAGGAGGCGAGAUGAAGCAGGAGCAGCAAGGGGAUGUGGGGCAAGUCGGAGGGGCGGGGCAAGCGACUGGGCAAGGAGGUGGGGUGGUGAGAGGAGGGGCGGUGGCACAGCAGGAGGUGGCGAAGCCGGUGGUGGUGCCUGGGGAGGUGGAGAAGGGGAGCAUUCAUGCGAUGGUCACGAGUAACGGCAACCCGUACAUGAACUGGCAGACUCUGCUCAUGUUCCACACGUACAAGAAGGUGAGAAGGAAGGAACGAGAGACACUGCUCAUGUACCACACGUACAAGAAGGUGAGAAGGAAGGAACGAGAGGUGCUCAUGUACCACACGUACAAGAAGGUGAGAAGGAAGGAACGAGAGGUGCUCAUGUACCACAUGUACAAGAAGGUGAGAAGGAAGGAACGAGAGGUGCUCAUGUACCACACGUACAAGAAGGUGAGAAGGAAGGAACGAGAGGUGCUCAUGUACCACACGUACAAGAAGGUGAGAAGGAAGGAACGAGAGGUGCUCAUGUACCACACGUACAAGAAGGUGAGAAGGAAGGAACGAGAGGUGCUCAUGUACCACACGUACAAGAAGGUGAGAAGGAAGGAACGAGAGGUGCUCAUGUACCACACGUACAAGAAGGUGAGAAGGAAGGAACGAGAGGUGCUCAUGUACCACACGUACAAGAAGGUGAGAAGGAAGGAACGAGAGGUGCUCAUGUACCACACGUACAAGAAGGUGAGAAGGAAGGAACGAGAGGUGCUCAUGUACCACACGUACAAGAAGGUGAGAAGGAAGGAACGAGAGGUGCUCAUGUACCACACGUACAAGAAGGUGAGAAGGAAGGAACGAGAGGUGCUCAUGUACCACACGUACAAGAAGGUGAGAAGGAAGGAACGAGAGGUGCUCAUGUACCACACGUACAAGAAGGUGAGAAGGAAGGAACGAGAGGUGCUCAUGUACCACACGUACAAGAAGGUGAGAAGGAAGGAACGAGAGGUGCUCAUGUACCACACGUACAAGAAGGUGAGAAGGAAGGAACGAGAGGUGCUCAUGUACCACACGUACAAGAAGGUGAGAAGGAAGGAACGAGAGGUGCUCAUGUACCACACGUACAAGAAGGUGAGAAGGAAGGAACGAGAGGUGCUCAUGUACCACACGUACAAGAAGGCAGGUGCUUAUGUGGCAUCUGAGCCAGGCAGCAACCUGCGCUUCUUCACCCGCGUGCUGCAUCGCACCAGGGAUGAUGAGCUCAUGCACCUCGUGCCCACUGUGCGAGUGCGACCUUUAGAGCCCAAGUGCGACGACUGGUGUGAGUACCCUGUCGCCGAUCGCCCCUUUGCCAUCCAGCAGUGGCUGGAGUCGGGUGAUGUGAAGGGCGAGUGGAUCUUUAUGAUCGAAACGGACUACCUCUUCGUCAAACCUGUCGCCAUCCCUCCAACGGGGCGUGCUUUAGGCUUCCCAUUUGGCUACAUCAUCCCCACCUACCCCUCCAUCCACCACAUCAUGAUUCGCUACUACCCCGGAGACCUAAAGGACAUUCCCCAGACCGGCAACGCACCAGUUCUUGCUCCCACUGCUGCUCUUGCACGUGUGGUACCCAUAUGGGUUGACAUCACAGCCCGGUUCGAGAAGGACGAAGAGGCAAAGAAGGACCUUGGGUGGGUGAGGGAGAUGUAUGCAUUCUCCAUCGCUGCAGCGCUUGGAAAUAUGCCCAUCGAUCUGCCCCUAGUGCCACACGCCAUCAUGGUGCAGCCUCCAGCCGACUCAGUAUUGGGUGAUGCGGCCAUCAUUCAUUACACGUGGGGCUACGAGUUCAAGGACGAAGCUGACAACGUAGUGUGGCGAUUUGACAAGAGAGACUACACACAGCCUGGGCAAGUACCGCCAAUUCUUGCCGACCCACCGCAAGGGAAGGCCUCAGAGCUGCAACUUAUCAUGGUCCGUGUUAUCAACGAUGCAAUUCGCACGGUCUUCUACCCUGGCACAAACUCAAACUCUUCGCCCUCCGCCACUCCCAGCUCAGUCUUUUCCGCAUUUGACGGAGAGUUUCAAGCCUUGCCCCCGCUGACCCCAUCUUCCCCAACAAGCUCCCCCCUCGCCUCUCCGCCAAACUCCCCCCUCUCCUCCGUGACAGCCGCAUCCGCUCUCACAUAUUCCCCUGCUCCCCUCGCAUCCCCCGCGCCCGCCGCUUCCCCCGCCGCUUCCGCUGCCCCCGCGCUCCCCCGGCGCCUCAAGGGCGUGCGGCAGCGCAAGUGGGGGCGGUGGGUGACGGAGAUCCGCUGCCCGCGCACCAUGACGCGCGUGUGGCUGGGCUCGUAUGCGACGGCGGAGGAAGCGGUUCGCGUUUACGACAUGGCGGCGCUGAUGAUCUUCGGCGAAGUUGCCUCGAAGGUCACUCUCAACGCGCCUGACGCGGCCCCGCGUCCCGUGACCGUUGCAAAGAGCAUCGCCGAGGCGCUGAUCAAGGUUGCGCGGGCCAGCAGCGGCGACGGCGAUGCGACUCCCGUUGACCUGUCCGCCUUCGUCACCCCGUGGGCUCACUCCCUUCUCUUCCCGGACGCAGAAACGCUGAAGCGCAAACUCGAUAGCGAGGUGUCUACCUUUAUGGACUCCACAGUACCGCUUUUCCUUCCCAACGGCCCAGAGAAGCGCGCUCGCAUUUCCGAGACUAGUUUCAAUAGCAUUAAGUCUUCACCCUCCGCUACUCCCAGUUCGAUCCUUUCCGCCGUCGACGGCGAGUUCCAGCUCUUGACCCCGCUGCCCGCGCUGACCGCGUCUCCACAAACAACCUCUCCGCUCGCCUCUCCGCCAAUCUCCCCCUUCUCCUCCCCGAGUUACUCAUCCGCACUCGCGUGCUCCCCCGCUCCCUCUUCGCCUCCCGCGCCCGUCGCUCCCCCCGCCGCUGGCCUCGCCGCUGCUCCCGCGCUCCCCCGGCGCCUCAAGGGCGUGCGGCAGCGCAAGUGGGGGCGGUGGGUGACGGAGAUCCGCUGCCCGCGCACCAAGACGCGCGUGUGGCUGGGCUCCUACGCGACGGCGGAGGAAGCGGUGCGCGUGUACGACAUGGCGGCGCGAAUGAUCUUCGGUGAAGUUGCCUCGUCUGUAGCGGUCCCGCGUCCCGUGACCGUUGCGAAGAGCAUCGCCGAGGCGCUGAUUAGGGUUGCGCGAGCCAAUAACGACGACGGCGACGCGACUCCCGUUGACCUGUCCGCGUUUCGCGGCGACAUGGCGAGUUUGGAGGUUGUCGGGCAGAACGUGGUGGUGUCUGAAUGCCCCUUCGAACCGCUCGCGCCGGAAAUGGAGCCGAGCGUCCUGGAAAAUGCCUGCAUUCUUCCAAAAAGCCAGUCUGCCACGUCAACGAAUGAGCCACGCGAUGAUGUUACCAGUGACGCGGCCACUAUUAACGGAGCCGCGGAUUACGAAAAGUUAUCUGCUUCCGACGUCCCAUCUGCCCUAUCCCUCAUUGAAGAGCUCUUCGACGACAGCUUCUGCGACAUGGUGGCGACGCCUGCGGCAAUGUCGCCCUCGUUCUGCGACCUGGGCGAUUUCGAGAGCCUGGAGAAUGUCUCCAGCCUGUGGGAAGAAGUAUUCUGA